UUGUAUAUGGUUCACAUCUUCAAUCUGUGCAAUGAUAAAGGGUGACUGAACUGCCUCAUUGUUAUUUAUUGCAUUUGACUCUAAUAAUACAUUCAUUAGCCGUUUUACUGAACACAACGACUGCAAUAUCAUACAUAACAAGUCGUGACAGCCAUGCCGAUGUGAGUAAUACUCAAAAGGUGUGGCGUAUCGGGCGUUGUUCUAAGUGCUGUGACGUUUGGUGUUAAGAAAAUAUUUCUAUUUCGACAUAAGAUGACCGAGUACAAGUUGGUUGUGGUUGGUGCUGGAGGCGUCGGUAAAUCAGCCUUGACUAUACAGCUAAUACAGAAUCACUUCGUGGACGAGUAUGACCCUACGAUAGAAGACUCUUAUAGGAAGCAAGUAGUGAUAGAUGGAGAAACUUGCCUGUUGGACAUCUUGGACACGGCUGGACAAGAGGAGUAUUCAGCUAUGAGAGAUCAGUACAUGCGAACUGGUGAAGGGUUUCUGCUAGUGUUUGCAGUGAACAGUGCUAAGAGUUUUGAGGAUAUAGGGUCAUACAGGGAACAAAUUAAACGAGUGAAGGAUGCAGAAGAAGUACCAAUGGUUUUAGUUGGAAAUAAGUGUGAUUUGCAAGCCUGGGCGGUGGAUAUGACACAAGCAAGAGAGGUUGCCCGAAGUUAUGGCGUGCCUUUUGUAGAAACUUCAGCUAAGACCCGUAUGGGUGUUGAUGAUGCAUUCUACACACUAGUUAGAGAGAUUCGCAAAGAUAAAGAAAGCCGGGGUAAGAAAUUUAGGCGAGGAAAUAAGUUAGGUUCCAGGCGUUCCUUUAAAUGUACACUACUUUAAGUCAGGCCUAAUAUUAUUAUUGCAAGCAGGACUCAGUUUAAUGAAUUAUUUCCAGUGUGGUAUUUGUUUUGAAAAUAUAUAAGGGUUAAUUCAUUAUCUUUGUAAAUUAUUAUAUUUACCUCCAACAAAGUUUCUUUAAGUACUUAUAUAUUACUCUUGGUAUGGUAAUAUUCAAGGGUCUACAUAGUCUUUCUGCAGUUUUUUAAGCAGUUACUUAGUUCAUAUAUUGCAUAAUGUUCUCUGGUCUCUUUUCAAUAAAUAAAAUUUAAAUAAUAUAUUGUGAUAACAGUGCCAUGAAUACUAUAGAUAAGCCAGAUUGCUAAACAAGGCUCUUAUUUAAUUAAAAUUGCAACUUAAUAACCUGGCUAUGGUCAAAAAAACAAUGCCGUUAAACUACACUGUAAAUAAUGUCAUUAAAUUAUUAAUAAAUGAUUUUGUUCUAACUUUAUAAACAAAUUUUAAUUUUAUUACUUAUUUUGUCAGUUCAUAAAACUGUUAGUAGAAAGUUUUUUCUCCCUAAAGGUUUUCACUUUCACACUCUCUGGUACAUAAUGACUGUAAAUAAAUAAGUGCUAAGUAAUAAAAUAAAUCAUGUAUAAUUAAAUUUUCGAAGCUUAAAUAAAAUCAUGUAAAAUACAUUACUGUAAUUUAAUAUAUACCUGCAAAGAAAAUCACAAGUAAGUUUUUAUAAGAACUAGACAUUGUAUAUUAUUAUAUUUUUUUCAAUUUGAAUGUAUUAAAAAUAGAUAAUCAAGGAAUGUUAAUAAAUCUACUAGAAGUAUGUGAUAGGUACUGUCUUAUCAAUGUAAAAACAAAAAACCAAACUUAUUUUACUGCAUUCUUAAAAUCCGUUAAAGUAGGUUAUCAAACUACGAAAAUUUUGAUCAUACAAUGUUUAGUGUCCUGCUAAAACUAACAAAAUGAGAACAUUGCUACAUGUUACAACUCUGUUACAUAUAUUAUUUAAAAAAAAUAUUAUUUACGCGUUCUUAACUUAUCUAAUCUUAUUACAGUUUGUAAACUGAUUUAUCAUCUGGAAAGCCAGUUGUAUAUCAAUGUAUCACCAAGAUUUUCAACCCUUAAUAUUGAAAAAUUAGAAAACCGCUAUAAUCCAAAAAUUAUGGAAGUAGCUAUACAAUAUAUUGAGAUUCGUUUUUCUGACUUGCCUUUAAAAAAUCAAUCUAUAAGUUAAAAUAUUCAUGUAGAGACCGUUUACCAUAUUUUUGUACUAUGAAUUGCUUGUAAAUAUGUUCGGAUUCGGCUUAUCACUUUAGAUAGUAUUAAAUCAAUUAUAGCUAAUGAUAUCCAUAAUAGUAUAUAGAAUAUGAGCCUUUUAUUAUUUACUAUUUCGCAAUUGAAACUGUUUCUAACAUCUUUUUUAGAAUAUUUUUUAAUGAAGCAAAGUACUUCAUAUGGCAUUGAAUACUAGAAAAAGUAUACAUAUAAUAUUAAGUAAGCUAUGUAUUUGAACUCGUCGUGAAGGUAUGACGCAAAAAAAAAUUUUUCAGCAAGUAAAAUCGCUGGCGAGUCGAUUUUAAAAAAAAAAACUGUAUUGUUGUCUUUAAAAACUGCAAGUGUUAAUAGACGCAAAAAAAAUUAUGCAAUUUUUGACGUAUUUUCAUCACAAAGGUAUCAUAACAUAAUAACGACUUUUUUAUAAAUUAUUUCAAAUAUAUGUAUUAACAACAGUUAAAAUUUGAAGGGUUAGCACGCAAAUAACAAUAAUUUAAGCCACCUGUCGCCUAUUUUAUAUUUAUUAAAUUCAUACAUGCUAAUUCAUAUUUUCUUGAUAUAAGCUUUUAAGCAAUAGAUUUGGCGAGGAAAAACGAAACAAAAGUGGUUGUGUUCUAUCAAUAAGCAUACACAAAUAUAAUUUUUUUAUAAAUAUACUGACGCAUCGCAAUAAGUAUUUCUAUUGUAUAAAAACAUCUUCUUAACGUUUUGAAUUUUUAAUUUAAAGGGUUUAUUUGCAUGUUCAACAUAACAUAUGUGCAAAUUAAAAUUUAAAAAAUAAAAAUUAUUAAUCUGCUUUAAAUACUAUGUAUAUUGUAUACUAUAAUUAUUUUCUCGUUUAUUAUAAUAUUGAUGAGUACUAUUCUAUUAUUAUAGAAAGACGUUGAAGUAGGUAUUCCUAUUUCAUAAAACAGAUCAUGUUACUGUAUAUUAUCAAACGCACACCUUGAAGAUACUAUCAAUACUUUUUUUAAUAAUUAUAUUUUAUAAGGUGGUCAAAAGGCAGAAGUGUUUGUCUAAUUAAAUAUGUAUUAAUUUAUAUUUAAGGAUCUAAAUGCAAUUUUUGGCGGAAGGAACAUUGCAUGUUCUUCAGGUAUUUUUUUAUUUCUUGUUUUAUAAAUAAUAUACGACCCGUUGUUUAAAUAGAAAAUAAAUAAGUUCUUUUAGCUUUUAUGGAAAAUUAUGUAUAUUUUUCUUACAGCCCGCAACCACCAAUAGUGCCGAAUUAUAAACUAAAGAAGAAAAUUCUAGUACCUAUAAAUUUCUUAAUGGAGUGUAUUGUAUCAUGGUCAUAAUUAGCAUGACCCUAUUUGAAUAAAGUUUAAUAAAUGGCAUACAAUUACUUUAUAAAGUUAUAAAAUUCUGUGUUGCCGUUAAUGUCUGUGUCGUAAAUUUGUAAAUCAGAUCCUAGAGUCUGUAUGAUUACUUUUUGUUAAGAAAUUUGUGGUACAAUGAAGUAAAAUAACGAAUUUUUAUACUUGCAGGUUUGAUUUUAACUUUCUCUUUAAUUUUUAAGUUAAAUUUAAUUGUGUAGCUUAGAUAAUUUACUUAUAUUAACGAAAUGUAACUGCCAUGUAGUCAGUCCUAUAUUUUUGCCAUAAAACGAAAAAGUUUUAUACAUUUAUUAGUUCAAAUACGUUUUACUUUUGCAAAUUUAAUGAUCUUGUAUAAUAAUCAUACUUUGAAUUCAUAUCAAAGCUAAAGCACAAAGUUUUGUAAUAAUAGGUUAAUUAUUGUGAAUAAAAUCAUUAUAAUUCUGUAAAAAGGCACUGGGAUUGUGCUUGUUGAAGUUAAUAAAUUGGCAAAAAUAUC